AUGGCUAACCAGCAAAGGGAUGGUCAAAAAUCCCAGGUAGCAAUCUCCCUGCAAUCAUCUCCGCAAAAAUAUCGUGCUCGUUUUGAGCUGGGAUUCAGCCAGCCUAUGAUCUGUGCAAAAUAUCCAUAUAUGGAUCAAUGUUAUGGACUCUUCUCAACAUAUGGACCUCAAAUUUCGGGGCGCAUUAUGCUGCCGCUGAACUUGACUGCCGAUGAAGGACCAAUCUAUGUAAAUGCUAAGCAAUACCAUGGGAUCAUCCGACGCCGACAAUCCCGUGCCAAGGCAGUCAUGGAGAACAGAGCAGCUGCACUUCGUAAGCCAUAUAUGCAUGAGUCACGCCAUCUUCAUGCAAUGCGUCGACCAAGGGGAUGUGGUGGUCGUUUUCUGAACACAAAGACUAUGAACAAUGGGAAAAACGGAACUGAAGGGACGCAAGUUGGUGAUGGACGGCUGUUUAGGCACUCUGGUUCUCAUAGUUCUGAACUCCUGCAAUCUGAAAGUGGAACCUUAAACUCCUCAAAGGAAACGAAUGGCAGCAGUUCAAACAUAUCAGGGUCAGAGGUGACCAGCGUGUACUCUAGGAGAGAUCUUGAUCGUUUUUCCAUCAAUCAUCUCGGUCCCUCUGUGCACUCUCUGUCAGACGUGAUGGAUAGUGUGCGUGGUAUGGUCAUUCCGACCAAAUGGGUUGCAGCAGGAGAUAACUGCUGCAACCUCAAAGUUUGA